AUGUCUCCGCAAACUUCAAAUCAAAAUCGAAAUAAGCUCAUGUUUCACGCUACAUUUCUUGAUGGUAUUCGUGGUGUGGCAGCUUUAGGUGUCGUUUAUACUCACACCCAGAAUAUCGGUAAACAACGUUUGGCUUUUAAAAUAUUCGACAAAGUGGGAACUUAUGGAGUAAUCAUGUUCUUUGUACUUUCCGCUUUUUUACUUACUUUUCGGACGCUAUUGGAUUGGGAACAGUAUCGCGAAAAGAGGGAAGAGAAAAAAAAUACCAAUUCAGAUCAUUUAGAAAGUGGUGUUGACCGCGAGCAAAACUUAUUGAAC